AUGCAAAGAAGAGAUGUCUCCUGCAAUGGGACAACAUUCAUCCUUCUUGGGUUCUCAGAUUUGUCUCUUGUUGCCCAGAUUUGUCUCUUCCUGUUCUUCUUCGUUUGUUACCUCCUCUCAUUGGUCGGUAAUGGUCUCAUCAUAUCGGCCGUCACGUUCAGUUCUCGGCUCUACACUCCUAUGUAUUUAUUCUUGAAGGUUUUGUCCUUUGUUGAACUUUUAUCCAUCAAUUCUACGGUUCCUAAGGCUCUUCAGAGCUUCUUCUGGGAUGGACGGAGCAUCUCGCUGGUGGGUUGCGCCACUGAGUUUUUCACCUUCGUAGUGGCCGCUGCUUGUGAAUGUGCCUUGCUCACGGUUAUGGCGUUUGACCGGUACGUGGCCAUAUGUCACCCCCUCAGGUACACCACUGUGAUGACCACAAACCUUUGUUAUCAGAUAACAUUCUGUAUAUUUGCUUUUGCUAUAGGAAAUGCUGUCAUAGAAUGUUUCUUGAUAUUCAGUUUGCCCUAUUGUGAGUCCCAUCUUGUAGCUCACUUCUUCUGUGACAUUCCACCAAUGAUGAGCAUAGCCUGUGCCAAUACAUUCAUUGUUGAAGUCUAUCAAUUACUUAUUAGUGUGACCGCGACGGUGCUCCCAACCAUAUUAAUAUUCUGCUCCUACGCCCGGAUACUGACCUCCAUAUUCCUCCUCAGCUCUACAGAGUCCCGCCAUAAAGCCUUCUCCACCUGUGGCUCUCACCUGGUCUCUGUUAUCAUAUUCUUUGGGACCGCCAUGUUUGUUCACCUUCGAUUGGACAACCCAUUUUCUUCUUACGAGGACAGGAUGCUGGCGAUUUCCUAUUGCAUUAUUAUUCCGACUAUUAACCCUUUGAUCUACAGCCUGAAGAAUAAGGAAAUGAAGAAAGCCAUCAGAAGACUCAACCUAAAAUUUGUAGACUCACAUACAUGA